AUGCAAGAAUAUAUAGAGUUAAAUCAUUUAGAGAGAGUACCAGAAAAUGAAAUUAACAACCCAGCAGUAUACCUUCCUCAUCAUGCCGUUGUAAGGCAAGAUAAAGAAACAAGUAAAGUGAGAACAGUUUUUAAUGCUUCGCAAAAGGGAAACAGUAAUAUUUCCCUCAAUGAAGAGCUACUGGUAGGACCACAGUUGCAAGACGACAUGAGAAGCUUAAUCAUGAGAUGGCGAAUGAAAAGGGUCUGUUUUGUUGCUGACAUCCAAAAAAUGUACCGUCAAAUUUUAGUGUCAAAAGAAGAUAGAGAUUUACAAAGGAUAUUAUGGAGAAAUUGCAAAAUCCAACCAGUACAAGAUUAUCGUCUCCUGAGAGUUACGUUUGGAACUGCUUCUGCUCCAUAUUUAGCAGUAAGAACCUUGCAUCAAGUUGCGGAAGACGAAGGUCGAGAUUACUCUGAUGCUGCCAGAAUUAUAAAGGAAGACUUUUACAUGGAUGAUCUGAUGUCAGGCAAGGACACACUUCAAGAUGCAAUAAAAGUAGCGAAAGAGAUUGGGUUUAUUUUGCAGAAGGGAGGUUUCACACUACAGAAGUGUUGCUCAAACAACGCAGAGUUCUUAAAACAAUUUGAACCCUCUGAAAGAAGUUCUCAAGUACACCUAGAUAUAAAGAUAGAUGGAACAAUACGGGCACUGGGCUUACAAUGGGACAUGGGAAAGGACUUAGAGUAA